AACCUUGGAAACCGAAAUGGCGUCUGUUGUGGCCGCAAAUUCCCUUGGAAAUUUGAGUGACAUUACCAAGGAUUUGCCUUCUUUGCAGUUUGAAAAUGCUUUAUCAGAAGAUGAGAAGGGACCGUAUCUCGCCCUUAGAAAGAGAUCUCAUGCAAUUACCGUAUCAGCAUGUGCUCAAGCGGCGUAUUUUGUGGCAGUAUUAAAUGAAGCUCGACAGAAGAUCCUUCACUUGAAAACUCCACAACAAUCAAAGUCAUCCAAAUUUUUGCAGAAAGCGCCCCCCAGAGAUCCUGUGAAGAUAGGGAUCAUUGGAUGCGGACGUAUAGGGAACCAUUUGGCUAAUUGUCUUCUCACAUAUGCAGAUGUUUUGCCACAAGAGCUGGUAAUAUCUACACGGCGACCAGAAACACUGGCCCUGUUGAAGAAGAAGGGGAUAGAAUGCAUCUAUGACAAUGUAAAGGUGGCAUCCUCGGUGCAUCUGCUCUUCCUCUGCGUGCUUCCAUCACAGAUGGCCACAGUAGCUGAUGAUAUCUGCACCGUCAUCCCACCACAUUGCACCAUCUACACCUUCCUCAGUUCUGUGCCCAUCCCGCGGUUGAGACGCAUGUUGGACGCUCAGGCCAUCAUUAGGCCAGAGUUUACCUGGGAGCGGUCAGGGGGAGGAGGAGAGGGGAUGGUAUGGGAUUGCACCAAGGAUGUCUGUAUCACCCUGGAGAACCAAGAACAGGUUGAGAUGACCUGUCCACUUGCUGAGCAGAGGAGUUCUAUUGUCCAGACAAAAGAGAAGUGGGCGGAGAUGGUACUCUACUCGUUUGUCAACAUGUGUACCAGGGAAGGUCUAGAGAAACAACAAACCAUAGCGGUCACCAACGAAGUUAUCCUGGGGCAGUCGUCCAGUCAGGAAUACCCCACAGAAUUUAGGGCAAUGGAUUUCACGCGACGCCCAACCUUAUUUCCAGUGUUCGACAUGUCUGCUGUGGCAGCCAACCAGACACCUUUGACACAAACCAUCAACGAAAACCAACAACUGAGGGCGCUCUUUGUCAAGAAGUACAAGAACGUAUUCGAUAAAUUCUACUACUGGAAGGGCAUCAAACAAAUCAAACCAAAAACUCAGGAAAUCACGUGACCAAAUACCAGUCAUGAGAAUUUAGAAUCAUAAACUGAUAUUCAUCGUAUUAGUUCUAUUUUUAUUAUAUAUUACAAUAACUUUCCAUCGUUAUUGACCUUCCUGUUUGUUUAAUAAGAAAUUUACAAAUUGUUGUUUUUAUAUGUCGCAUUUUCUUUGUGCUCACAUUCCUUUAAAAAAAUGUCUGUACUAGAAUAUUGAGAAUAAUAUGAAUAGUAUAAUUCAUUAAUUUAAUGGAAGUAAAUGGUAUAGCAUAGUCAGAGUAAGGAAGGGCAGUAUUCUAUUUCAUUAAAUACGUGUAUGAUACGAUAUUGCGAUGGAUGAAGACUUACAAUGUAACAAGUCAACUCGAUGAGUAGUUUACCUUGCUUAAUGUGACAAAAGGUGGCGCUGUUCUAAAUUAUCAGAGAGAUCAUAUUUACGAUCAAUUAAACAUAGACAUAGGAUCUUUAUGAAAAGUUAAUUUGGAUUUAGUUUUACGAACAAUCUCACACCAUUAGAGCAUGUGAGCCUUUUAGUGUGAAAUAUACCAAAGAAUUUAUUCUCUCCAAGUCUUCCAUUAUAUAAAAAAAAGAAAAACAGGGACAUAAUUCUGGUUCAAAUUGAGUAAUUUUCAUCCAAAUCAUCAAAAAUUAGCUUCCUUCAGAGCUUUGAGUAAAUUUUGUAGGAAAUAUAUAAAAAUAUUAUUACAUGUACCUGAAUGUUUACACGUUUACAUAAUGGCUACAAACAAAUCUACACAAAGCUUCCAUUUUAUUAUGCUAUAUUACAAGUUACUUGAAUGAUAAAUACAGACAUGGUUUUACAUUUUAAAAAAAAUCAAUGUUAUUUACACCCCUUUGAGGGGAUUAUGUUAGCUAUCGCAGAGGUGGACGAGUUUUCGACGGAUGACAUAAUUCAUGCUGUGUUUUCUGCAGCAGAUAUCCAUGCGAACUUGAAGUGACGUAGACCUAAUGCUAAUGAAAUAAACUGGUAUAUGGUGCCGUUUUAGCUGUCACAACAUGCCCCAAAUCGAGGUAAUCUUACCCUUACUGUACGAGAGUCACCCAAGAUAGAGACUGAAGGUGACAACUUAACGGGAAGGGGGUGGCGUACCCAAAUGGGAUCAAAUUUGUGUUGUUUGCUCAUUGUGAAAUGAUUGCUGUUUUGUUAUACAAUUUCCUUUUUUAUAAGGGAGCCGGCAGUGAUUGUGUAAAAUACAAAUGUGCAAUCAUGCAAGAAUUGGCAUCAUUGAAAUUAAAUUUAAUUUCAUCAUUCUAAAAGUAAAUUGAUAAUGUGACAUAAUGAUGCAUGAUAUCCAUCUAAAUGUGAAUGAAACAAAGAUAUUGUUUAAUCGGUCGGUUUACAUUUUGUAAAAAAGGGGUUUUCCAGUUUUUCGAUUUUCUUUUGUCUUCAUCUGUUACUCGAUUUAAAGAAGACGAUGGAGAUUUAUCUGAUCGUAUUUUGUAAACUUUAAUUCAUUUAAUGCUAUUUCUUGCCUUAUUUAUGAUUUCUCUUUUAUUUUUCUUAAACACAUCAUCUUUUGUUAUAGGCUAUUGCCCCGUAAAUGUUAGUAAUAGGCCAUUCUAAAUAUUUUUGAUAAUUGAUUCUGAUAUUAUGUGAAUAAAUAUAAAAUGAAUCAAUAAGAGUAUUCAAACAAUUCUGAAUUUAUGUGAAUGAACGUUUAGUUUUGUCGUUGAAAAUAAAAUGCAAAUAUAUCGAUAUCAAAAAUUAUUCUGACCACUAUUCUUUCUUUGUUUUUUUUGUUGAUAAAAAAAAAUCUUACGGUUAAAGUAAAUUAUCUUUCUUUCUUUUGUUUUGGUUUUUGUUUUGUUGUUAAUAUUUUGUACAUAGCAUGAGUAAUUACAAGGACUUGGGGUUAAGAUAAUUCAGGGUGCAAAAAAAAGUCAGAAUGGAGAGUGG